AUGACAUGCAUACUGGGCGCGGGCCAGACGGACUGCAGCAUGUUGGCGGACGGUCUGUACAACAUCGGCUGUAAGGUUUACGAGGAGUGCAAGAACCAUGUUCUCAUCUCGCACGAGUGCCAGGAGCAGAUGGUCUUUAACAACGUCACAAACAAAUGCGACCACGAGAACCACGUGGCAGCGCCGUGUGGACUGACGCGAGACUGUUCGAAAAAGGGAGACGGUAGUUACGUGGACCUGACCCUCAACUGUACAUCCUACUACACGUGCAGUCACCAUAUUUACUACGGACACAACUUCUGCACACCAGGUACGGUGUUUGAGCAGUCGAUGGGAACGUGCGUAUGGCCCGUUGACGCCUAUGUGCCCUGUGGAACCAAGACAUAAAAUGUGCUCAUUCUGACUUCCAGCAAUAAAGAUGCGUACAA